AUGGCGCCCUCGAUGGAAUCUAGGAAACGCAAGGCUGUCACAAAAGAUAUCGAAGGAGACACGCAUAUUGUAUCCGGCGAGGAGUUUCGCUUCGACUCCUCCGCAUCCAAGAACUCAGACGAUUCGGAAAUUGAACUUAUUGACGACGUCAGUGACGAAAGCGAAGAUGAGUCGAUCGAUGGCGAUUUGAUACCGAAAGGCCAACUGCCGCUUCAUACUAAGAAUGGGAAACGAGGAAAGGCCGGUAAUUCCUCGUUAGAGAACGGUGGGGUUGAAGUUCAGGAUGAAGAUGAAGAAGCUGUCAAUUUCCGUAUAAUGAAGGAUGCAAAUGGCAACGAACGAUAUGUCUAUGAUGAGAUAGACCCCGAUGACAAUUCCGAUCUCUCUGACGGGGAUGAAAAUGGGAACACAAUUGGCAAUAUCCCCACUUCGUUUUACGACGCCUACCCUCACAUUGGUUAUAACAUCAAUGGCAAAAAGAUCAUGCGUCCUGCGAAGGGAGAAGCACUGGAUGCGCUUCUCGAUACCAUUGAAAUACCCAAAGGUUGGACCGGCUUGACUGAUCCAGCUACAGGAAAACCGCUACAGUUGAGCCAGGAGGAGUUGACUCUCCUCAGCAAAUUACAAAUGAAUGAGGUCACUCAAGAUGGAUACAAUCCAUAUCAGCCCACUGUCGAGUAUUUCACAAGCAAAGAGGAGAUCAUGCCACUAAGCGCCGCCCCUGAGCCCAAAAGGAGAUUUGUGGCGUCGAAACAUGAAGCCAAGCGAGUGAUGAAGAUGGUAAAGGCGAUUAGAGAAGGAAGAAUAUUGCCGUACAAAGCGCCUGAGGAGGAGGACGAGUCGAAAGACAACAUACAGACCUUUGAUCUCUGGGCCAACGAGACCCCCCGCGACGAUCACCCAAUGCAUAUCCCAGCGCCAAAGCUACCCCCACCGGGCUACGAAGAGAGCUACCACCCUCCACCUGAAUAUCUACCCGACGAAAAGGAGAGAAAAGCCUGGGAAAAACAGGACCCAGAGGACCGCGAGACUCCAUUCUUGCCUAAAGAUUAUGGCUCCCUUAGGAAAGUUCCCGGAUUUGAAACAUUUGUUAAAGAAAAAUUCGAACGCUGUCUCGACCUGUAUUUGGCACCCAGAGUACGCAGGAAUAAAUUAAAUAUCGACCCGAGCAGCUUACUACCCAAAUUGCCGAGCCCCGAAGAAUUGAAGCCGUUUCCAACCACCUGUUCAGCGCUAUUCCGAGGCCACAAGGGUCGCGUUCGGAGUGUUGCUGUUGAUCCAACAGGGCUAUGGUUGGCCAGUGGUGGAGAUGACGGUACAGUUCGCGUGUGGGAACUUCUUACAGGUCGCCAAUUAUGGAGCGUGCAAUUGAACGAUGACGGACCAGUCAAUGUGGUCCGGUGGAGGCCUGGAAAGGACGAAGUUGUGCUAUCUGCCGCUGCAGGAGAAGCCGUAUACCUAAUGAUACCAGAUAUCCUAGGCCCUGAGCUUGAAUCAGCCAGUCUCGAAGCCGUGGAUGCUGGAUGGGGCUAUGCGGCUACGACUUCUAAAGGGGCUCAAAGCACCGAACAGAAAGCGUCCAAGGUCCAAUGGGCCCGUCCACUACCCUCUCUCGCUGACAAUGGGGUAUAUGCUACCAUACCGCUGGGUCACAAUGUCAAGUCGAUAUCAUGGCAUCGUCGUGGUGAUUAUUUUGUCACAGUUUGCCCUGCCUCAUCGACACCAGUCUCGCUCGCUGUUGCGAUCCAUACCCUUUCCAAACACUCAACACAGUACCCGUUCCGCAAACGUAUCAAGGGAGGUGGCCCUCCUCAGACAGCCCAUUUCCACCCCGCCAAGCCCAUCCUUUAUGUUGCAAAUCAACGCACUAUCCGAUCUUAUGAUCUUUCCCGGCAGACUUUGUUGAAGAUCCUUCAACCUGGCGCUCGCUGGAUAUCAUCCUUCGAUAUUCAUCCAACGUCCUCCAUAACUUCGGGAGACAAUCUGAUUGUGGGAUCCUAUGAUCGUCGCCUCCUGUGGCAUGAUGUUGACCUAUCCGAUCGGCCAUAUAAAGCUUUACGUUAUCAUAGUAAAGCCAUUCGUGCAGUGAAGUACCACCCCCGCUACCCACUUUUCAUCGAUUGUAGUGAUGAUGGGCUGCUUCAGAUUUUCCACGGCAGCGUCACUGGCGACUUAAUGAGCAAUGCCAACAUUGUGCCAUUAAAGGUUCUCCGUGGUCAUAAAGUCGUUGGAGAUUUGGGUGUACUGGAUGUUGACUGGCAUCCUAGGGAGGCGUGGUGUGUCAGUGCUGGUGCAGAUGGUACUUGUAGACUUUGGAUGUAG